AACAAAACGUAAACAUAAAAGAUGGCAGCGCCCUCGGAACAUACUUGUACAAGUGCAAUUUCAAACCCAUCAAAAAAUCAAGUAGACCGCAACUGUCCAUUAAAUAGAAAUGGAAAACAUACACAGAUAUCAUCACAACUGCUCUAUCCAGAAAAAUUUACGCACUGCUACCAAGAAAACAGUUUGCUUGUCAUGAAAGAUAAUUCCCUACCUGAGAGCAGAGUGAAUAAAACAGUUAGUUUACCGCCAAGCUCAGUGUUAUCCAGAUUGAAAGAGUUUCUCCCACAAAUGGUGACGUCCAACAAUGACUUGGCCACUCAGUUAACAACAUGUCCUGAAAAUAUUAGUAAAUUUGAUAUUGAAAAUAUUCAAGACAGUGAGACUCAUAUUGAGAUGAAUUUUUCAUUAGUUCCAGAAGACUGUCUUGGAGACAGCAGUGAGGAUGAAUGUGAUGACAGUGCUGAUAGUGAAGAUGUUUCCAGUGAUGAAGACAAACUAGACAUUAGGUUGGCUAAACCUAAAGUAAAGAGCAAACCUGUCAUUCAGGAACUGAAUUCAGCAGGCCAUGAAUCUAGUAAUAAAUAGCUGUUUUUUGAUUGGCUUUAUAAAUGCUUUUCUCAUCUUUAUGUAACUGUCCUUUCUGGUAAUCAGGGAACAAAGCUGUUAAGAAAUUGAAGAGUUUGUACAGAAUGUACAUUCACUUUAAGUUUAUAUGGGAUCAAAAUAAAUAGGGUUGAGAGAUGCUGAUGUAUAUAUGUAAAUACAUUUUCCUAAUAAACUUAUAUUAUUAAG